UUUAUGGCAUUGUGUUGCUGCCGCAGUUAAUAUUUGCUGUGAUUAUUUUUAAUGUUUUUUGAUAAUUGUUUUUAAGUUAUACAAUCAUGAUGGAAGGUUCACUAAGUAAAUGGACAAAUGUUAUGAAAGGAUGGCAGUACCGAUGGUUUGUUUUGGACGAGAAUGCUGGGCUCCUGUCUUAUUACACGUCGAAAGAAAAGAUGACACGCGGUGUGAGAAGAGGCUGCGUUCGGUUGCGGGCGGCUGUCAUAGGCAUUGAUGAUGAAGACGACUCCACGUUCACCAUCACAGUUGAUCACAAGACGUUUCACUUUCAGGCGCGUGAUGGAAGUGAACGCGAGCGUUGGGUGCGUGCAUUAGAGGAGACGAUCGCACGACAUGGACGACGCGAGCGUUGGGCGCGCUGUGUUCCCGCACCAGCUCGCCGUCAUGACGACCUAGAGCGACGGGUAGCUGAAGCGGAUGCCUACCUACAAAUCAUGAUUGAACUAGUCACGAAAAUGGGCAUUCGCGUAUCGGAACUCGCGGAUCCACAAGAAAAGAGCAAGGGUCAAGUAAUUUUAGAUCACUCCAACGCAAUGUUGGACAAUAUUAAACAUUCCAUAGUACUUCUUCAAAUAGCUAAGAAUACGGUGAAUCCUGUGAACGGAGUCUACCAAGGACCAACAAAUACAUCUCAAAUGCAUAUCAAAGAAGGUGAGGACUUGUCUCCUCGCGUGGAGCUUGGCGCAGAGUGUCGUGAGCUGACGACACCCUCGCUACCUUUGACACCCCUUGAACAUAUUGAUGCACCCAGACAAGCGAUGUCCCUCCUAGUUCCUGACACAUCGUACUCCUCAUCCGAAGGUGAAGAUGACUUUUAUGAUGCUGAUGAUGAACCUGCAGAACUUAUACAGCCAGCUACAAGCGUGACGCGUAGCUGCCAGGCAGAGGGCGCGGCGGAGCAGGAGACGCCGUCCGCCCCACCCGCCGCAGAUCUGCCGCGCACCAAUGAUGGAGAAAUCGACUACGAUGCGCUGUACGAAGACGAGUCGGACAGUGACCUGGGCUCGAUGGAGAACCACGGCUCCGUCGUGACGCACCUCCUCUCGCAGGUCAAGAUCGGCAUGGACCUCACCAAGGUGGUCCUUCCUACAUUUAUAUUGGAACGGAGAUCGCUACUCGAGAUGUAUGCGGACUCGUUUGCGCAUCCAGAUCAGUUUGUCAAAAUAGUGGACAUGCCUACACCCAAAGAGCGGAUGGUACAAGUGGUGCGAUGGUAUCUCAGCUCGUACCACGCUGGUCGCAAGUCUCAAGUCGCCAAGAAGCCGUACAAUCCAGUGCUGGGUGAGGUCUUCCGCUGCCAUUGGGAUCUCGAUGGAGCUAAUGAUUCACACAACUCCUCUACUGAGAAGCUAGAAGUAGGCGAUGGUCCCGUCCCCUGGUGCUCUCCGGAGCAGCUCUCGUUUGUAGCCGAGCAGGUGUCUCAUCACCCACCGAUCAGUGCGUUCUACGCGGAGCACGUCAACAAGCGGAUACAGUUCGAUGCCUGGGUGUGGACCAAGAGCAAGUUUCUAGGUCUCUCUAUCGGUGUCCACAAUAUCGGACGUGGUGUUGUCACGCUGCUGGAUCAUGGGGAGGAGUAUACUGUCACCUUCCCUAAUGGAUAUGGACGAUCAAUCCUAACAGUACCUUGGAUAGAGUUAGGUGGAUCUGUAUGCAUUGAAUGUCCACAAACAGGACACAAGGCUAAUAUCGAGUUCCUUACAAAGCCUUUCUACGGUGGCAAGAAGCAUCGCGUCACUUGCGAAGUGUUCGCUGUCAAUGAAAAGAAACCAUAUUACACUGCACAAGGAGAGUGGAAUACCAGGAUGGAUGGACGUUGGACUGAAUCUGGGCGUACGGAAGUAGUAUUUGAGGUGUCUAGUAUGAAGGCGCGACGCAAACGCGUGUCGCCGGUGUCGCGGCAAAUGGCGCACGAGUCUCGUCGUGUGUGGCGACAUGUGACAGCGGCAUUGCGCGCCGCAGAUACUGACGCAGCCACUGCAGCCAAGCGACGUCUGGAGCAGACGCAGCGAGACCAAGCCAAAGUGCGCCAUGACACCGGCGACAAGUGGAUCACACAGUUGUUCAGUCCAAAAGACGAAGGUUGGGAAUACAACACUCCGCUCAGCAAACGUCUCGAGUCCGUCAACGGUACGCCGCAACGCAAACCUAACACUGACACCAGAUAAUGGAACAAUCAACUCUAUGUCAUUGAGAAUAAGGUAGAAUUUACUACGUCAUAGAUUUAACUUAUUGUAUAGUCUAUUAUAAUUGACGCACCAACGCUUACGAACCUCUGCCGUUGAUUGUAUGGACUUUGAUACUCUUUGCUUGAAUACGCUCAUUUAAUAUUCACACAUAUGUUUUUUUUUUUUUAUCAAAACCUUUUACCAUAAGCUUUUGAAUCAAAAGCUUGGAAAUACAACCUUAAUUAUUGUUCUAAGUAGGUUAUAUUUGUUUUAAAUACGGAAAAUGGUUAAAUGUUCAUAACUUUUCGGGCGGGAAAAAUGACAUUACCCAUUGACAGCUGUCAUCGCAUACGUUCCGUUUCACGUAUGAAUUUUGAUUUUAUUUAAUUUCUCAAAAUAAAUGAGCAUACUCAAUCAUCUAGCGACGCUAUAAAAUAGUUGUCGCGCUCUUAUAAAUGUACUUUAGGUGAAUUCCACUCUUAAUAAUAUAGUAAUAAAUGUCUAAAUUGCGUUUACUUGUGUAAAAAUUAUGAUUCACAUAAGAAUUGAUUAUUUAUAUUCCGUUUGACAUUGGCCUAUUGUAAAUUA